UAUGCAAAGGGCAGGUGGCCCCGACAGCACACGACAGAGUCACAGAAUGGCCGGGACUACUGCGCUGCUCCUCUGGGCCCAAGCCUUCGGCCUCGCCGGAGCCCAUCUCAGCCAGCUCACAUCGGACCCUCCCUGGACGCCGGUGUUCUCGAAUGAGUGGGUGACACUGACCUGCCGGGGCUCCGGAGCGCCCAAUGUCACCCGCUGGUACCUCAACGGGCGGCUCUGGGUGACGGGAAGCGACCGCAUCCACGUCUCCCGAGACCACCGCGGGACCCACCGGUGCCACGGCCCCGGCGCCGAGCCCAGCCCCCCCGUCACCCUGAGCUUCUCGAAUGACUGGCUGGUGCUGCAGGCGCCGGUGCGGGCACUGCUGGAAGGGGACGAGCUGCGGCUGCGCUGCCGGGCCUGGGACGACGCCAAGAUCCGACGGGUCCAGUUCUUCCGUGAGCAGGAGGCGCUGGGGGGGGGCACCGGGGGGGGCGAACUGCUCCUGUCCCCCCUGCAGCCGCACCACCGCGGGCGCUACCGCUGCCAGGCCGAGGUCCGCUACCACUUGGGGUGGCACAAGGAGAAAUCGGCACCGGUGACGGUGGCGGUGCAAGAGCUGUUUUCCGUGCCGGAGCUGCGCCUGGAGGGCCCGGCUGAGCUCCCCGAGGGAGACCCCCUGGCCCUGGGGUGUCACAGCACCCCCAACCCCCUGCGGCCCCCCACCCACCUCCAGCACCUCUUCUACCGGGACGGGGUGGUGGUGGGGGGACCCCAGGCCUCCCCCCAACUCCGGCUGCCGGCCGCCGAGCUGGCGCAUUCCGGCAGCUACUCCUGCGAGGUGCGGACGGAGAAGGGCGGCGUGUGGAAACGCAGCGCCCCGCUCGCCCUCGUCGUGCGCAGGGUCCCGGUCUCGGGGGUGACCCUGACAGCGCAGCCCCCCACGGGGCAAGUGGCCGAGGGCGACUGGCUGGUGCUGCUCUGCUCGGUGGCCACCGGGACGGGGCCCCUCUCCUUCUCCUGGCACCGGCAGGGCUCGCCCGCGCCGCUGGCCACUGGCCCCCGCUACGAGCUCCGGCCCGCCCAGCAGCGGGACAGUGGCCACUACCACUGCACGGCCACCAACGGCGACUCCGCGGCCAACAGCUCCUCGCUGGGGGUCACCGUCCUGGUGCCGGUGGCUGGUGUCACCAUCACGAUGGCGAGGAAGGAGCCCCGGGUGGCGGCGGGCGAGCCCCUCAACCUGAGCUGCUCGGUGCGGGCGGGCACGGAGCCGGUGGCCUUCACCUGGCUGCGGGACGGGCGGGAGCUGGGCUGGGGACCCGUCCUGGCCCUGGGGCCCGUGGGGCCAGCUCACGCCGGGACCUACAAGUGCUUGGCCACCAACCGCCUGGGCUCCCGGCGCGUCUUCCAGGCGCUCAGCCCCGCGCUGGCCCUGGCGGUGACGCAACCCCGCUGGGGACAACGGCAGCAGGGCACAGCCGUGGCCGCGGGGCUCGGCGCGUCCCUCCUGCUGCUGCUGCUGUUGGGGGCCGCCGUGGGCUGGCAACUCCGGCGCCGCGCAGCCGCCAGGAAGAGCCGGGGCAGGGACCCCACGCCCCCCCCCGGAGCCGCAGGGUCGCCCACCGGAGCCCCCCGCCCCCCCCGAGGCCGGGGAGGUGCUGUACGCCCAGGUGGUGGUCACCGGGGGGCCCCCCCCGGGGUCCCCCCGCCCCGCGCCCCCCCCCGAUGUCACCUACGCGGUGCUGCCGGGACCCCACGCGCGGCGGCGGCUCCCGAGCGACACCUACGAGAACGUCCCGUGACACCGGGGGGGGGGGGCACUGGGGACACCCCCUCUGCGCUCAUGCGUGUGUCCCCCCCCCCCCCCGCCCCGGUGCCCCCCAUUCCCCCUCCCAGUCUUCCCAGUGCUCCCCGUUUCUCCUCCCAGCACUCCCCAGUCCCAGUCCCCUGCCCAGUGGCCCCAGUACCCCCCAUUCCCCCUCCCAGUGCCCCCCACUUCCCCUUCCACUCUCCCCAGUGA